GCACUAAUAGGCAGCACUGAUGGGCACUGAUAGGUAGCACUGAUGAAGCGGCACUGAUAGGCAUUGAUGAGAAGGCACGGAUGCAGGGGUGGACUGACAACUCAUGGGGCCCCCGGGCAAUAGGGGGAUCAUGGGGCCCCUGUGUCCUUGCCCAAACUCAAAAAAGCCUAUGAAAAAGGUACCAGGGGCAUCUCAUGGGGCCCCCUACUGACCCCAGGCCCUUGGGCAGUGCCCGAGUUUUCAAAUGGUCAGUCCGCCCCUGG